UAAAUUCACAGCCCAAGCAAUGGAAUGAUUCCUUACUGCAUGUCAGGCCAGCCAGGGCAUUAAUCAGGCCAGCCAAGGCAGUGAGAAAUGUAUGAUGAAUAACGUUUAGCUGAUAGAUCCAUCAAGUGUUGCUUUAAUUACCUCUGUAAAAUGGCAAAUAGAUCCAACUUCCAAGAUACACACUCACACUUGGCUCCUUCUGGAUAGAGUUGUUGUGCAGGUGUAACAGUAUAACUUUAGUACGUCCCCUCGCCCCGACCCGGGCGCGAACCAGGGACCCUCUGCACACAUCAACAACUGACACCCACGAAGCGUUGUUACCCAUCGCUCCACAAAAGCCGCGGCCCUUGCAGAGCAAGGGGCAACACUACUAAUAGGUUUCAGAGCAAGUGACGUAACUGAUUGAAACGCUACUAGCGCGUACCCGCUAACUAGCUAGCCAUUUCACAUCCGUUACACAGGAUUACCAGGACGUUUGUGUAUGGUCGCUUUUAUUAUCAGUAGGUUAGUUGUCCACUAGAGGGCAGGCUAAAACAAUAUACAUGCCGGUGCCCUAUGGAAGCCAAAUGGCAUAGUGCAGAACAGCUAUAUCCCGAAGGAGGUUCUGAGGGCUGUUAGAUGGAUUUGUCUGUUAAGGGUAUCUGCAAUCCUAACAUGUCUUGUGGUGGUGAGAAACUCAAAUAAAAAUGAAAGGUCUGUCAGCAUCAAAGGGGAAAUCAUGUUUACAUGAAGACAUGAUCUAUUAGCACAGAUGGCCAUUUGUUCUGCGUCACUCCUUAAUAAACAGUCCAUAUUUUGAUAUUCUAACAUCAUGAAUGGACAUGAAAACCAUGCAUUUCAAAUAGAUUUCGAAAAUAUUUCUUAUUGUUGCAUUGUCGAGAAGGAACCUACAAGUAAGCAUUUCGUUGGACCACGUGUAUCCUGUACAUACGACUAAUACAACUUGCAACUAAAUUAAUUAAAACUCCUGUCGUGUGUCUUUUAUCCUUCUACCAGUUAUCUACCAGUCAUCUUGGUAUACCCUUGCUCUAUAUUUAGCUGAUACGCACAAUGCACCUUCAUCUAGGAAUCAAUAUCAGAGGCGCACAUUUUAUAGAAUUCGAUGGUUUUGUAUAACCUCAUUCACCACUUUCAGGAGAAUGGCUACAUAGUCAUGAACACAAUAAGACUAACAGCAUCGGUUGGGAUAGUUUUUUUUAUUAAUAGGCUUAUCACUAGACUAUUCUAAGGAGAUACUAGGUAUAAGGGCCAUCUGAUCAAUUCACAAAGGGUUGUCCAUUGACCAACAUUUAAGACUAGGUUAGGUAGACUUAGAUUUUAUUUUUUGUGUGGCUUUUUUAGUCAAAAGGAAUGUUGUAAUGUGAUUAAUGGACAAUGAACUGAGGUCAGAAUUGGAGAUCAUACAAUGCUGAAUUGCAGCAGGUGAUGAAUGGCUUCGCAUAGCCACCAUUAAUGACCAAUAUACCUCUCACAUUUCACAACAGCAAUAAAUCACAUCAUUGAUUUGGCCUGGAAUCUAUUUGUGCCUUUAAUUUAUAACAAGAUAUUAUUUCUGUGCGUAUGUAUUUGUAUAGUGAAUAUAAGAAUGAUGUUAAAGAAAAAGCCAUCUAUGUUUGACUUUAAAGACACGCUUCAGUUAGCCUUGGUAACAUAAUAUCAAUUAACGUGAUGAAUAUUGAGGCCAGUCACUAAGUCUGUAUUUUAAAAGGCCCCAUUAAUACCAAAUCCAUGAAUAGAUAAGAGGUUGCCCUAUGACGAAGGAGAUAACAGAGCAGAUACUGUGAAGCAGAGACAGGAUUACUUACAGCCACAAGUCACAACACACAGUUUACAGCAUGCCUCAGUGAGUUUACCAUUACUCAACUCUCACUUUCCCCUUCAUUAAAAAUGUGUCAAGGUCCUAGUUGGGGUGGCAGCCUGCUUUUGCAGUAUCCAGACCUUUGUAUUAUCUGUGUUUUUGAUAAAUACUUUAUUUACAGGACGGACAGAGAUAAAUAGGGCUGGCUAAAGGAGACAGAUGAUCACUCAGGCCAUAGGGAUCCCAUCAUGAGCCUCAGUCACUGGGGGAAAAAACACUGAGAGACCCUUCAGCGAACAGGAAAUACUCUGCUUGGACAUGUGUGCGUUUAUUGCUCAUAAACACUUUGUGAUGCACAACAAAUCACUAUAUGCAGUAGGCAACAUUUAACUUUUUACACAAUUUAUGAUUUAUAUUUGAAAAUGUGUUCAUGUUUUAAGUAGUAGUACUUAUAUUAAAAAUUACUUCUUUCUUAUUUAUAGUAUGCCUACAGGUUUUGUCUGUGUGUGUGUGAGGAAGCAUUUACAUAGACAGCCUUUCUCAUAUAUUUUUAUAGAUGCACUGAUGUGUUCAGCAAAGUCCAUAUUUCUGAGGAAAACAAAAACAUCCAUAACAGGCAUGUGUCAUGCCACUCUGUCCAGUGGCAAUCAGAGAGCUUUACAGUCACUAUUAAAACAAUCUCUUGUACCUUUAACACAUUAUUACUCCAUUUGCUAAUCAACUGGGGUGUUUGAAGACGGAAGCAUUAUCAUUUCUCUCUCACUGUGUUAAUGUGGCAGAAUAACUGUGUUUCCCAAACCAACCCAGUCAUUACACUUAGACACAUUCAAUGUAAUAUUUAUAUACGUUUUUACAGCCCCGGUGCCCAGUUCCCUUUCCUGAACACAUCGGUGUACAUGUAAGAGUGUGUGCAGAGUAUAUGACUUGAGUAAACAGAACUAACAGCCCAUUGCCUCAGAACAUGAUGGAGUUACUGUUAGAGUUCAAGGUAUUUGGGCGAAGAAGUUUUAAUGCCAGAAAGCGAUGCACACUCAGAGUAAAUACGCUAAGGUGUUGACAUGGCAACCCAAACCAUACACACACACUGCAAGAUAUUCUGUUCAUUGAGGAGCAAAACAACAGCAAUGUGAGAACAUGAACAAUAACGAGCACUAUAAUGAAUGAUACACAUGGAGACUGGGCACAAUCUUGGAAGGAGGGCAGUAAGGAGGGGAGGAAUAUGACAACUCAAUAUGCCAGUCUGGAAAAUGUAUUAUAGCCUAGACUACAGUACACACAGGUUCUGCCACAGCGAAGGCAUAUGUGUUUCUGCAACCAGUUCUCUUGAUUUUACAUGAACUAUACAUGUUUUGGAAAAUUGAAAAUAAAACUGUGUAAUAGCCUAUGAACAUUUGAACAUUUUUAGUUGAUAUGUCUCUCCAAAAUGUGUAUAUUUCACAACAUGUUGUAGUGUGUGUGCUUUAAAGGGGCAAUCCUCAGUUGUUACAUCCAUUUUUUUGGACCUAUAAAUUAGUGGUAUGUACCCAUUGGUUCUUGAAGAAUAUAACUCAUAAAUAUCUCAUGAGCUUAGUUCAACUGUCAUACCCCAUCAAAACCAUAAAAUAUCUGAUUGUUUUACUCCAAUGUUUGUAAAUGUAAACAAAAAUUGCAUAGCUUAAAAAUAUGGUUAAAGCUAUCGUUUUAAUAUCAUAUUUAUUUAAUUUAUUUUCAUUUAACCUUCAUUUAACUAGGCAAGUCAGUUAAGAACAAAUUCUUAUUUACAAUGAUGACCUACCCCGCCCAAACCCAGACGACGCUGGGCCAAUUGUGCGCCGCCUUAUGGGACUCCCAAUCAUGGCCUGAUGUGAUGCAGCCUGGAUAGUCAAACCUUGCAUCCAUAGCUCUAUCUAUGAAUUUGAGAGUGGUUACAUUUCUCCAGCCACGUUACUCAGCGUUUUACCAAAACAGUGGCGGGGAGUCACUUUGUUAUUGUUACAACUACAGAUUGCCCCUUUAAACGGCUAGCAAACAGUUUUAUAGGCUUGCAAUCUACCUGCUUUUAUAAUCAACACAUUUAUCUGCAGCACACAAGGCAUCCAUUUUAUGGCCUUUUGUGACCUUCGCCCCUCUCCCUGCAAAAGCUCUCCCUUCUACUGAACAUGGAGUUUCUGGGGCAUUCUAGACUGUGUUGCUAUAUAAUAAUUCUGUAAUUUCCAUUGAUUUCACAUUUGUUUGUCCUCAAUACGUUUUCACAUCUACCUGUUUGAUUUUCACAUGCCUCCUUGUGAACUGGUCAACAUUCCUUUGUCUUAGUUUUCCUCUCUUGUAUUUUCGUUUCUCCUAAUUCUCAUUAGGAGAAACACAUUGUUUCCUCCAAUUCCUUCUACUAGUCAGUUGAACCCUUGGAUUUAGGCCCACUCACCUGUGUCCUAUACAAGGAAACAAUAGAGACUCAAUAAAGGCUAUGUUUAAAGAGAUACAUUCUCAGAGGCAAGUAGAUUAUUGUAGGGCCUACAAUAAAUUAAUUUACAAUGUUUCUAUAGAGUGUUCUGCAUACUACAGGAUUAUUCCUAUAAGUUAACAGGGUCAACAAAUAGCAUGUUUAUAAACAUGAUUAAAUCAUUCUGUUUCAUAUUGAGAUAUAUAAAUAAAUUAACUGUAGGUGUAAGGCAUAGCUGCCCUCCCUCUUCUGUGUGCACAAUCUGUCAACUGGUGGUUGUUCAUUAACACGUGUGACAGAGUGGCUGACAGGUACUAUCUCACUGAAGCGCUCACUGGUGGAUCUAUUGCCUUUGCUACUCCUUUAAACCUUUCUACUUUUAAUAUCAGAGGGUUGUCUACUUUUUGUUAUAUACCAUUACUUUAUCCAGAGAGUUGGUUGAAGUGACAUAAACAACUUCUUUCUAUCCCAUUUUUUCUUGUUCUACCUUAGCUCUGGUAGGUGUGUCUCCUGUGAUUGCAAUAACUUAGUGUUCAUUUGUUUUUUGUUUUUGAAGUUCUAACCAUUAUUUUUCAUUUUAUAUUUAGCCUAUGUAAGAAUUGAAGUAGUUUACUCAAAUUUACUUUUUUCUUUUUACAGUCCCGCUUUUUAAAACAAUCUUUUUUCUUAUUCCUAUUUCUAACUUUUCUACCUUUUUGGUUUGGAGUGGCCUGUAGCCCUUAAGGUGUCUUUAAAGAUGUUAAGAAUUUCUACAUCUGGAUUUAGAUAGUGGCAUCUUUUUUACAGUAUUUAAAAAAAAUCCUGUUCUAUACAGCAUCAAAAUGCUGAAUUCAAAUUGUUUUCUUUGCGUUGGAGUCUUAUUUGUGGCACUUGUUGAGAGCCGAAUGCUGGACAAAUGCAUGAAAUCAAAACCCAAAUACACCAUGAACGUUGUACUUUUGGAGGAUGAAACCUCAGACUGGAGCCUAGGGCUUGUAAAGGGUGCAGUGUUGCAAGCAAUUGAAGCGGACAGGAAACUGAACAUUGCAGCAGGUUUGAACACCAAUUUAUCGGCUAAUUUCAAUGGGUUCAACACCACGCUGUACAAACGAAGGGGCUGUGGGAGCAGUACCUGUGAGGGAGUGGAGAUACUCAAGUCCCUGCAUACUAAAGGUGAGGUGGGAUGUGCCAUGCUGGGACCCUCCUGUACAUUUGCCACUUUCUUUAUGGUGGACGUGGAGAUAGGCCUGACCCUGACUAUCCCCAUCAUCUCCGCCGGGAGCUUCGGUCUGUCCUGUGACUACAAGGCCAACCUGAGCCGCCUGCUGCCCCCGGCACGCAAGAUCUCCAACUUCUUUGUCCACUUCUGGAACUUCACCAGACAUGGUCUGAAGAUGCACUGGAAGAGGGCUUAUGUCUACAAGAAGGCAGACCAAACUGAAGACUGUUUUUGGUACAUCAAUGCUCUGGAGGCACCCUCGGUCCAGUUUGCUAUGUCAAUCUCAAGAGAGAUGCUACGCAGCAAGAAAGAGCUAAAGAAAGCUAUUCAGUCUGAAAACAGACACAGCAACGUAUUCAUCCUCUGUGGAGCCCCAGAUGACAUCACCACUAUAAAGAACGAAACAACGAUUCCCCCAGAAAUUGUCUUCAUCCUCAUCGAUAUCUAUAACCAUGGGUAUCACACUAACAUGACUGCCAACCCAAGCAUGGACAAUGUUCUGGUGCUCACCUUGCCUGAGAGACAAUACAACAACACAGUAUUUUACAACAGCACGAAGUUAAAUGACUAUGUGGCGGGGUACCAUGACGGCGUGUUGCUCUUUGGCCAUGUGCUGAGGCAGAGGUUGACCAGUGAGCUGAGAGGCAGAGCAACACAGCCAACCGCCACAGAGCUCUCCGAUGUAAACCCCUUCAGGAAUGUCUCUUUUCAAGGUAUGGGGGGACACUACGUGCUGGAUGAGAAUGGGGACAGGGACGUGAACUUCUCUGUGAUUUAUACAUCCACCAUCGAUAAACAGUACAAAACCCUGUUUGUGUUUGAUACGUCCAUAAAUGAGACCAGAGUGGAGGACCGCACCCCCUCACUGCCCUGGCCCGGGUCCCAACUGCCAGAUGACAAGCCAAUCAACUCUAACGAUCUGAAGACAAAGGAUAUCAUUGUGAUCGUCCUGAGUGUCAGUGUUGUGGUGGUGACUGCCAUCGCUCUGAUCUUCUACAGGCAGAACAUGAAGGAACGUCAAAACGAAAAGAGGUGGUCCCACAUCAGCCAAGACCUGAUUAGUCCGCUGGAUGGGAAAGAGUUAAGCCUGGUCUCACUGAAGAUCGAUGAAGACAACAGGAAGGACAGCUGUUACCAGAUUCAUAGGGCGCGCUAUGACAAAAAGCCCGUGAUCCUGAAGGAGCUGCAACACACAGACGGCAACUUCAGUGAGAUCCAGAGGAUUGAGCUCAACACUCUUCUGCGUAUUGACUACUACAACCUGACCAAGUUCUAUGGCACGGUGAAGUUUGAGUAUGGCCUGUUUGGAGUGUUUGAAUUCUGUGAGAGGGGAUCCCUGAGGUAUGUCCUUAAUGACACAAUCUCCUAUCCUGAAAAGACCUUCAUGGACUUGGAAUUCAAGAUAUCAGUCAUGUAUGACAUAGCUAAGGGCAUGUCCUACCUCCACUCCAGCAACAUUGAGGUCCAUGGCCGACUGAAGUCCUCAAACUGUGUGGUGGACAACCGCAUGGUGGUCAAAAUCACAGACUUUGGCUGCAACACCAUCCUCAACCCCUGCAAAGACUUGUGGACGGCUCCAGAACACCUCCGGAAGCAGGGGAUCUCCCAGAAGGGGGACGUCUACAGCUUUGCCAUCAUCGCUCAGGAGAUCAUACUGAGGAAGAACCCCUUCUUCACCCAGGCCUGCUCCGACAUCGCAGAGAAGCUGUACAUGGUGCAGUACCCAAGUCAAACUGGCUUCUUCAGGCCAGAUCUGAACUUUGAGACAGCAGCAGAAAACGAGGCGGAGCUUUACAUGCUGAUAAAGAACUGCUGGGAAGAGGACCCGGAGAGGAGGCCAGACUUCAAGAAGAUAGAGGGAUCUCUGGGUAAGAUAUUCAGCAACCUGCACAACCAGGCUAAUGAGAGCUACAUGGACAACCUGAUCCGUCGGCUGCAGAUGUACUCCAGGAACCUGGAGCACCUGGUGGAGGAGAGAACCUCUCUGUACAAGGCUGAGAGGGACAGGGCUGACAGACUCAACUUCCUGCUCCUGCCAGCCCCAGUGGUGCGUUCCCUGAAGGAGACGGGCAGUGUGGAGCCAGAGCUGUUUGAUGAGGUGACGGUCUACUUCAGCGACAUCGUGGGCUUCACCACCCUGUGCCAGUACAGCACGCCCAUGGAGGUGGUGGACAUGCUCAACGACAUCUACAAGAACUUUGACAGGAUCCUGGACCACCAUGAUGUAUACAAGGUGGAGACGAUCGGUGAUGCGUACAUGGUGGCGUCAGGGUUGCCGCAGCGCAAUGGCAACCGGCACGCAGUGGACAUCGCCCACAUGGCCCUGGACAUCCUAGCUUUCGUAGGGACCUUCCAGCUCCAACACCUACCGGGCAUACCCCUGUGGAUCCGCAUCGGGGUGCACUCAGGGCCAUGUGCGGCAGGUGUGGUGGGGAACAAGAUGCCACGUUACUGUCUGUUUGGAGACACGGUCAACACUGCCUCACGCAUGGAGUCUGCAGGCCUGCCACUAAGAAUCCAUGUCAGCCAGCCCACCAUAAACAUUCUCCAACGGACAGACUGCAAGUUUGAGUAUGAGCAGAGAGGAGAAACCUUUCUGAAGGGUAAAGGCAAUGAGAUGACAUACUGGUUAACAGGGGUGACAGGGACAGAAUACAACCUGUCAACGCCCCCGACAGCGGAGAACUUCCAGAGGCUACAGCAGGAUCUGUCUGAGAUGAUCGUGUCCAGCCUGGAGAACAGAGGGCCGGGGACCAACGGAAUGGAGAAGAGGAAGACCCUCUCCACCAGAGUCAGGAGGAGGGAGACCAAUGGGAGCCAGGAGGACGGCCUUCCAGAGUACCUACACCUGGCCAUCACAGACAUUCCCAGCACCUACCUGUAGCCACCCAGGACCAGACUACCUCCUGUGAAGAUACAGGGCUACUACACGCUGUCAAAAAGUGACAGUAGAGUCAAGUAGCCUUAUAUUCACCUGAUACAAUAGCUACAGUAAUGCCUUAUACAUAGGAAACCUGACUAUUUUACAAUGAAUUUCUGGGUAAAAGACAUGGCUUUCUGGUUUGAGCUAAAAGUUAUUUUGGGUCACAUGAGCAAAAUGUGUGGGGACGUUCCAUAAAUAGUCUGUAAUGGAGAUGCUUUAGGAAAACCUGAACCAGUAAACCAAGGAACAGGAUGGUACUCCUCUAUUUUAAGAAGCCCCUGGAGAAAAGACAAAUAUGAGUAUUGUUGCAUUUUCUCAGCGAUGAACAAUUGUUCAAAACAAUAUCACUGAAGCAUAAUAAUACUAAAGCUUAAUAUUGCCAUCAAUAACGUGAUGAUUCCAUCUUAUAAAUGAUGUAUACACA